GUAUAUUUCAUCUGUAUAUGAAUAUUCUCUAUGUAUAAACACAUUAAUACCGUAAUCCUUAGUUACUGCUUUUAAGAGACACUCGAAUGCAGAUGAUAUAGACAGUUUGAGAUUGAUCUGGUUGAUAGUAAUCGAUGUGGGAUUAUCGAUAAACAAAACAUCAAUUCACUGGUAAUUUAUUGCCGGCAUUAUUGUGCCUCAUCGUUCGGAGAUAAGGGGUUUGAAAUAUAAACCCAAGAGGUGAUCGUUUUGUUGGACGACUUGAGCAUUACAGAACAGGCUGCUCUAUGGAUACCCCGAACCAGAGCGGUCGACAGCACAGGGUAUCGGCCGUGAGAAGAGACCUGAUCGAAGCCAAUGAGCAGCUAGACUCUGUGAAUAGAAGGGUUGAUUUAAUGCAACAGGGUUUAAGUCCUGUACCGGAUAAGAUUGAUUACGUGGAGCACGAAAUGGACGCUAAAGCGCAGAAACUUGCCGAAAUCGAGGAGAGGAAUAAAAUACAUUCCGCAAAGCUGAAGCUGUUGCAAAAUGAAAUCAAGUACGAGAAAAUGCGAGGUGAUAUGUUGAUGGAUCACUACAAGCUGAGGGGUGAUAACACUGGUGUCUACGACCAAAGCCCGAGAGAUGAUUAUUUCCUGGACUCAUACAGGGAUGGGCAGAACACUGACAGAGGGAACUACUUGACGCAGACGGGCCCGCCACCACCGAGCCCAAGAAAGAGCCAAACAAACACUCCGUAUCUUCCUGAAAACACGGAUCAACAAAGAAACGGAAAUCGCUCGGGCCAAGUUUCCCCGAGGAAAACGCAAUACGACGAAAGACCACUUGAAGCGGACCCGAGGCACAGGCAGAAUCCGGACGUUCAUCAAACUGACCAGAGAAAACCCAACUUCGAUUACGAAGACAUGAUGAGGGAGCGACAGAAGCACGUGUACGGGUAUCACGAUUCGACUGCUAUUAAUCCGCAUCUUUGGGAGAAUAAACCCAAACACAGGAAGUAUCCCUGGUAUGACCAUGAGACGUACACUCAGCCUGGUGGCUUCCUGUUUAUCCGGUUCGAUGAUUCCGGAUACGACAUCAUGAAUAACGCCCUGAAAGUCCAGGAAUCGAUCUGCAGACACACCGGGGGAUAUCUGAUGGGCAUAGCUGGUAAACAGAAGAUAUUUGUGUACGAAAUGUCCCAGCCGAACAAACAACAGAACUGGAACCUUUCCAGACGCCAAACCCACCCGGAUGCCAAGAUGACAGAAAACGCGGUCGCCACCUUCUGGUUUAAUCGAAAAGAGGGAGCAGAAGGGUUUUUCGAGAACGGACACCGGAACCAGCUCAGGGAGCCUUGUUUUCCCACGCCGAACGGAUAUGAGGCGUUCUAUGUCCCCUUGCUGUCACCACCUCCGAUGCGGCCCUACAACACGUUCCUGUUCAUCGAGAUCGUCAUUCCGAGAACCAAGCGGGAAGAUCUUGAGGAGAAUCUCACUCAGUUUGAAGGGGAAAUGCGGGAGGACAUGUCGCGAGUGGUUCCCGGCUGCCUCUCCAUGGUUGUGUCCUCGCAGACCGGAAGGGUCAUCUUCAAACCUGGUCUUUUUAUCAGCCCUUACAGCAAGUUGUUCAUUAGCCGGUUCGAAUCACAGAGAGACGUAGACGAGAUUAUGCGAAUAGGCAUGAUACAAGCGCUGAAACAGAAAUGGGGAAUACCCGGCGAUAUGAAUGUGUUUUCAAUGACAAUUGAGUCCAACUUCUGAUACAAACAGACUACAGAAACGUGAUUAGAUGUUGACAUAAAACAACAAAUUUGGUAUUCAAGCCAAUGAUUUCUUUUCAAUGUUUCCAUAAAAAUGCUAACUGUUUAUAAACAGUUAGCAUUUUCUUCUUUUUUUCUUUAGUGUCUUGCAGCUAAUACUUUAAAACUUGCAUACUUGUACACAUGUCGUCUUGAGGCCAGUUUGCACAUUUAAAUGAUUAGAUUGGUUAACUGGAAGAAUAUUGACCAAUCGAUAAACGGUUUGGCUAACUUUUACCCAACCAUUGAUUUAACCAGUUCUAUACAAUUGGCUGCUGAUGUUUUAUAUUACAAAGUGUUAUUUCUAAUCUCAGAGAUGAAAUAUGUAGUUUUUUAUUACUUUACCCAGAUUUUAUUUCAUUACAGAACGUAUAUAUGAG